GCAGUGUUGUGUUGUUGCUGUGGUCCUGUGAGGCAGAGAGAGCUGUCAUAUCUGUUAGCUAACAUAAUAUUUUGUCAUGCCAACAACAGUCUGCCCACUCACCUCAUAAGGCUGUUCAUAAGUUCAUAUCUAGAGAAGUGUAUUCUCGGGGAGGGUCAGAGGAUAGAAAUCUGGGCGGAGAGCAGAAGAGGGAGAUGAAAUGACAACGUCAACAUUACAGGUAGGCAGGCUGCUGCUGGAGGAGCUAACGGGCCAUGAAGCAGCUUGAACCCGGACUAACAGGCAGGACAGCUGACGCUAAAGCCAGCUAACGAUGUUAGCAUAUCAGCUUAGCUAACUGAGCUGGCGAACAGUCCUUUCGUGACAUUGUCCUCGAAAUGAGAGUUUUUAGAUCAGUCUAACACCAUGGUGGGGGGUUAGGGGAACCAUUAUAAGUCUUAUUAGGAGACCAUAGUUGUGGCGAUGCUAACAUUAGCUUGGUUAACGGUAGAGUCCUUCUGUUUAUAACGGGAGCAGCUGAGUUAGCUGGGCUGUGGCCCCACUAAUGCCAGGGAAAAUGAAAGAGAAAAGAUUGAAGUUAAUGUGCAGUAUGGUCUGGUUACUGCCUAUAAAAUAGCAUGUUUUUGUUGUUCAAUCCAGUAUACCUCUGGGGUCUUUUGCAUUACUCUUUUAAUGUAUUUGUUGUCCUCUGUUGUGGUUGAAGCUCUUGUGGUGACAGCUGGAAACUCAUAUGGAGGUGCCCAAUAUCAAAGAAAGGAUAUUAGCUGCCAUGGUAGAGAGGUUUAUCUAAAAUUAUUGUUAUUAUGUCAAAAAUAUACUCUUGAUUGACUGCAACCUCAGUUUCAAAGAAGUUAGGUGUGUUUAGAAAAGCUAUUUGGAUGGUUUGCAAACCAUUUAAAGCCUUAUUGACUCUUAAAAAAGUUCACAGACAACAUAUCUGAAAUGAAAACUGAAAAUGUUGUUCCUUGAAAGAAAAAGAAACCUGUUUAAUAUGCCAAAGUGCUGCUUUCAAAUUGAACGCUUAGUGCAACAGAGCUAAUAUCAGCCUACUUACACUGUCUUUUGUUUACAUUUUGCUCUUUGUUUUUGUAUUGUACCUUCGCUAUUGUAUUAUAUUUUAUUUAUAGUAUUGUAUUUUUUAUUCUUUGCUUUAUUCUUGGGUACUAACUUCGUACCACAGACUGUUAAAGGUGUGGGGUAUGACAAAUAAACUUCCUUGAACCCUUGAAUCCGGUGACUUCUCAACUAUCAAACCACUGGAGUAAAGUGAAGAGGAAAACUCUUCUGUUUAGAUUGAAAGUAAACUGGAGUUUUAGCUCAUUUAACCUUUGCACAAACUCCAUCUGACAUGUAUACAUUUUUUCCACCUGUGUUUGUACCUGUUGCAGAAAGCUAUUGAUCUUGUGACCAAAGCCACAGAGGAAGACAAGGCGAAGAACUAUGAGGAGGCCUUGCGACUGUAUCAGCAUGCUGUGGAAUAUUUCUUACAUGCCAUCAAAUGUGAGUGGAGUGCUGCAGCCUAACAGCAAUAGGACUAGUUUGACGGUUGGUAAAAUACUGGUGAUCUUUAUUGACAUUAUGCGGAAUCUCUUUUUUUCUUCCAGAUGAGGCCCAUAGUGACAAGGCAAAGGAGAGUAUACGAGCAAAGUGUAUGCAGUACCUGGAUCGAGCAGAGAAACUAAAGGACUACCUGAAAAACAAAGACAAACAGGGCAAAAAGCCAGUCAAGGAGGCACAGAGCAAUGACAAGUAUGCUGUCUAUCCUCUGACUACUCAAAAUACAAGUGCAUGUCACUAAACGUCAGCUUAUUUCUGUCAACCUCUCUGUGUGUUUGUCUUCAGGAGUGAUAGUGACAGUGAGGGUGAAAACCCAGAGAAGAAGAAACUACAGGAGCAGCUCAUGGGUGAGUAAACUUUAACUUGUGGUCAGGAGGGGAAGGAUGUCAAAUGAUUUAGUGUGAGACUUCAACCAGUGAGGUGAUCUGAUGAAAAUUGAAUAAUCUGAGUCCUUUCACUGACUAAGUCGCACUACACUACUGAAACUAAAUUGAAGGCAAGUUGUGAAAUGUAAUCUUGGACUAUUUUUUGUAACAGUUAGAAGUUCAGUGGAGCUCUUAGGUCUUAUUUGUGCCGAGGUUGCAGGUGUGCUGUCUCUUACUUUGUUAAUCUGAACCAUGCUCUACCUGUCUGUCUUCAGGGGCCAUUGUAAUGGAGAAGCCCAACGUCAGGUGGAAUGAUGUUGCUGGACUGGAGGGAGCAAAAGAAGCUCUGAAAGAAGCCGUCAUCUUACCCAUCAAGUUCCCUCACCUCUUUACUGGUACUGUUGGAUCAUCCUGUCUUUUACACAAACAGCUUUGUACAAUGUUUUAACUUAAAUAAGAAUGCUAUCUUAUAACACAAUUGCACAAUGUGUACUUUUGUUAGUUUAAACAAGUUUUUUAGAUCAUUUAAAAAGAUUGUCGAAUAUGAUAUUUAUCAUCAUUUUAAAAACAUACAUUUCUUAGUACUUUUUUUUCUUAGUCAAAACUUUUCGUCCUUGUUCUCUGAUGGUUGGCAGACUCAGUAAAUGUUGCUGUUAUUUACUACUCAUGACUGUUUGCCUGUUCACUUGGGAUGCAUCAUAGGAUCAAUACAACUUCUGCUCUCUGUUUCCUCAGGCAAGCGGACUCCAUGGAGAGGAAUCUUGCUCUUUGGUCCUCCAGGAACAGGGAAGUCAUACCUGGCUAAAGCUGUUGCCACAGAGGCCAACAACUCCACCUUCUUCUCGGUCUCCUCCUCAGAUCUCAUGUCCAAGUGGCUUGGAGAGAGUGAAAAGUAUGUUUCUGUUUUGAAGUAUAAGAUUAUACAGAGAAAAUAUCAAUCAAAAUGUCUCGUAACAACUUAUUUUGGAAGUGUCAUUUAACCUGAUACUUACUUCAGAGAAAAACCGACUGCAUUACUUUUGAGAAACAUCAACAGUCCUAAAAAGAUUCAAAAAAGCCCUUUAGACUUGUUUCCGAACACGACAUUUGCAGAGUUUCCACUUGUAUAUAAUUGGAAUAUUGUUCAAUAAAAAUGACCACAGUUAAGCAUGACAAACACCCAAAUCAGAGGUAAAGCUGCCGUCUCUUUUCAGAAACUGUAAGUCCAUUUCAUGUCCAGUUUGGUUAAUAUUAUAGAAUCAAAUUUAAAAAGAAAGUGCACAGCUUCUGUGGUAGUUAAGGCUGGAAAAAACUGACUAGAGAGACAGUAAUUGUCAGCGCUUCCUACUGGAAUCUCAGUAUAGAGGUCUCGCUGCUCUGCUAUAUAAAUUUAUAUUGAGCUAAUAUACAUAUUAGCAUGUGUGCAGACAUCAGAGUUGGAAGCCACAUUUAGAUCAAGUGAAACAAGUACAGCAUAUUUGGUUUGUGAUGUAAAAAGAUCAUUUUUCUGUAAACUUACAUGAAAACAUGAUUUUUGUUGCUGUGUCCCCCAGGCUAGUGAAGAACUUGUUCGACUUGGCUCGCCAACACAAACCCUCAAUCAUCUUCAUCGACGAAGUGGACUCGCUGUGUGGUUCAAGGAACGAGAACGAAAGUGAAGCUGCCCGCCGUAUCAAGACAGAGUUUCUGGUUCAGAUGCAGGGUGAGCUGGAUGAGAGUGUCUGUUCUGAGAGGAAAAAUGUGCAAAACAUCAAAUAUGAUAUUGAUAUGAUACACUAUAGAAAGCUAAGGAUUAAGUACAAAAACACAACCCUGAACACACUGAGGAACACAGGAAGUUUUAAUGACGCUCUCUGAUUUUGUAGGUGUGGGAAAUAACAAUGAUGGGAUUCUGGUGUUGGGAGCCACCAACAUCCCCUGGGUGCUUGAUGCUGCUAUUCGGAGAAGGUCAGAAGUCACUGCAAUACUCCACUGUUGCAUUUAUUUUGUCUCGUCACAAGUUUGUAUUAUAUGUUCUGCCUUUUUAGAUGAAAAUGAUUAAAAAUACCCAAUGCUUUAACAGAGAGACCCCUACCUACCUCUUGACACCACUUUGUUACAAUUCACACACAAGCAAGUGAACACAUAGUGCACACAGUGUUCUAUAUUUUGUUUACUCACAGGAGGAUGCCAGAUUAGACACAGGGCAUGAAAAUAGAUACUGACUCAGAGUGAUAUGAGUACGAUCCUGCUCUUUUUGUUGAUUAAAAGCUAUUUGUAUCAGUGUAUUAUUAGUCCUAAGAUAUUUAUCAAACUACUAUUCUUCAACAUUUCCUCUAAAAUGAGACUCAAAGUCGAAGGCAUUGUUUGACAGGAGGGAGUUUUGCUGGUUAGGAAAAUCAGUCAUGUCAGACAGUAGACACAAACUUAUUUCAGUUAUCCUGCAAAGACAACAGCAGAUUUAGAGACUGUGCGGUGCAGUGAUGUUGUUUGUGGUCAACCUAAUGCACAUCCCAGUUAUAUCUUUGACAUGUGACAUUGUUUUCUGAAAACCCGCAGUCAGCCAGGGUUUUUGACAGGAAUCGUCAUGUUUUGGUGUGUACAACAGCUUAUCUGGGUUUCUGGUGAUUUUUUACUGGAUCAGAAAUCAAACAACAACUGCACACAGGACCCUUGACAGCCAUGAUCGAUAAAAAGAGGACAUGAACAACAAGAUUUUCCCCAUAUCUCCAGAAUUCGACCAAAACCAGGAUGAUUCUGAUGUCAUACAGCCAUCUGGAUCUGUUGCUAUCUUAUGUUUUGACAUAGAUGAGCACCCCUUGACAGAAAAUUUCAGUCUGGAAUUCAGCUCCUGGUUGUGUGCAAUAAGCUUCCAGUGCAUCUUAAACCUGCAAAAAAAGGAAUUUUUAUUUUUCAACAACUAGUAAUGUGCCUUCUCCUCUGUUUUGUGUCAGAUUUGAGAAGCGUAUCUACAUCCCUCUGCCUGAGGAGCCAGCUCGGGCUCAGAUGUUUCGUCUCCACCUGGGCAAUACUCCACACAGCCUGAGCGAGGCCGACCUGCGACAGCUGGCCCACAAAACAGACGGUUACUCUGGUGCCGACAUCAGCAUCAUCGUGCGGGACGCUCUCAUGCAGCCAGUCAGGAAGGUUCAGUCUGCAACACACUUCAAAAAGGUGACAAGGAAAUUAGCAACUUUGUUGAAUACGGUGACAGAUUCAUAAUGUCAAUUCCAGGAAUAUUAUUUUCAGAAACUUUUAAUCCUUUUCCAAUCUUCCAAUCUACUGUUAUUGAUGGAUAUGAAACUACAAAACGAAGUAAUCACAGGGAAUUCAAUGCAAGAAACAUAUGUACAGUAUUGAGGAUCUUUUUUUGAAAGUCUUUAAGACCAGUAAUUUAGCUUACAUAUUAUGAAUGAUUUUUAAUUCACCAUUCACUUAAAGUUUUUCUUUAGUAACUUGCUCUAAGAGAUCAGAUUAUAAAGAGGAUUACGUUGUAAUGAUGUUCAGUUUGCUGCUGACUUGAAAAAAAAAAGUCAUGUGAAAUGAAAAGCAAACUUUUUGAAAGACUUUUGUAAAGUCCAGCAACCCCAUAAAUCUAGCAAGAGAUACGCUGUACUAGAAAAAUAGUUAUUUUCUUAGAUGGGCAAAGAAAUGUUUUUUAAAUUUAUUUAUUUAUUAAUUUAUUUUUAUAGUGAGCAGGUCAGGAACUUUGACCCAGUAUUAUUUCCAGACUACUUUGAUUUACUUCUUUGCAAUAAAAAUCUGUUUGUAAUAAAAAAGUAAGUCAACAACGGCCCCUCUUGUGACAUUUUACUGCAAUGAGCAAAUUAAUACAACAAAACCAGACAACAAUCAGCUACAAAAUAUAAAAUGAAGCCCAAACAUUUAUUAGAUUUAAGAUUUCCCAAUGACCUCUGGACCUUUGUGUGUUUUUUUUUUACUGCAGGUUCGCGGUCCGUCUCGAAGUAACAACCAGGUGAUGGUAGACGACCUCCUGACCCCUUGUUCUCCUGGUGACCCCGCAGCCCUGGAGAUGACCUGGAUGGAUGUGCCUAGUGAUAAGCUACUGGAGCCAAUAGUCUGCAUGGUGAGACUUUCUGUGUUUACGUCUUCAGCAACAAGAUGAUUCCACUGAGAUUGUACGAGUCCUUGAAUUGAAUGCUGUAACUUCAAUAUGUACCCUGAUUGAUCAUGAAAUAUUUGACUUUACAUGACAAAAAAUGAGUUGUAUCCCUCUUUCUUUUUGCAGUCGGACAUGCUGCGCUCUCUGUCCACCACCCGUCCCACAGUCAACACUGAAGACCUGCUGAAGGUCAAGAAGUUCACAGAGGACUUUGGGAUGGAGGGCUGAGAGACAGGAGCCCUCACUCUUCUUACCUGUCCAACACAGGAUCAAACUUCUCUCCACAAGCUCGCCCUCAACCCCGUUUAACUGCUGUACCAACCCGUAUGCUUUCUCUCAGCCCAGCACUUGGUUCACUUCCUCUCAUGAAUAAAAAAUGACAGGAGUAAUUGAAAGAAGAGAAAUAUCUUACAUUUCUUCCUUCUUAUCAUCCAGGUAAGUAUUAUUUAUGUUCGUUGGGGAAGUUGACCAAAUGCUAAAUCUUGGUGUGAUUUGGUAUUAGGACAACAGAGCCCAUUUCCCCUCAGCCGCUACAGCGUAUUCACUACAAGAACUUUUCACCUAACCUGCAUCACCAUGAGGAAACUGAAAGUUCGCCCCCUCUCUGAGCCGACUCUGUCUGACUGAAGGACUGUACAUUUUUUUGCCAUUGUGCACUUUUGCUUUGGAUCGCCAUGAAGGACAGUGACAUCUGAAGAAGCAGCUAGUUCUCCUGCCUGGCAUGCGAGUGUGUGAAUGCAUUUCAGUGUUUUUAUGAAACUUGUGUGUCUUAUUGUAAGUGUCUAUAAGUUGAGAGCCCUGUUAUUUUGUUAUUUGAUGAAGGGUUAAAUUAACUGAUCAUCUCUGCCUCAGUGUCCCCAUACAGCUGUGUGUGUGUUCGUGUGUCUCAGUGACACCUUCAUAUUUAAUAUUUACAGUCGAGAGAUGUGCUUGAUUGAGAGCCAAACAUCACCUUAUUUUAAUCUGGAAAUCAUGAGGUCCAUUUGGUAGCUGUUUUGGAGCUUUGGUCAUGAUGAUGAAUAUUCUCUAUAUGGAUUAAUAAUCUGUGCCAUUUUAAAAACUGAAGUCAGUAAUUCUUCAGCAGUUGCUUCACCUGAGAGUUUUUCUGGAGUAUUUGAUCAAAUCACAAGGCGUUAAACACUACAUCUUUUCCGGGGGUAUUUUUGCUCUUAAUGGUUCAGGCAGAUAAAGAGGUAGAGGAAAUUUUUGGGUGGAGAGAGUGAGGGCAGACAUCCAGGAUCCAGGAACCACUGCAAUGAGGAUCAUGGGUUGCACACUUAAACCACAAAGCCAACAGCGACCCACAUCAAAGUCCACCAAGUGCUCUGAAAGAAUGAUAUUCAAACAUAAUUUUUCUGUUAAAGGAAGCUGAACAGUGACUUGUCACAAUUUCUGAUGGUUCGGUAGUGUUACACGUGAGGAGUGAUUGCAUAACUCUUUUUGUCAUCAUUCAGAAAAUGGUGAAAAAAAGUGGAGGACGAAAUGAAAGAGCUACGAAAUGUUUUAAAAUAAAAAAGUUUGAUGUCGUGUUAAAUGAUGGAAAGCUCCAGAACAUCUCCUAUAAAAGAUUGAAAUGGUUAGCUGCUGAAAGAAAAAUUAGUUUCCGCACUCCCAGAAUGCAUUUGUCUGAGUUUAAGCUGAGCUGUCAUGCGUCGAUUUUGAAGUGGAUGUUCUUGCAGUCACCUGAAAGUGUUACCGAGACUCAAUGAAGCACAUCUCUCUUUGUUCAACUUUGUUUCUGCACACUAUUUAUCCAACAUGUUCAAUGACACAACAUGUAAGUUGACUGACUAUUAUAGAGACUCGGUAUGUUUACACUUGAAGUAUUUCUUUAGUUGAUGUUUUCUGGUAGAGCUCCAGUGAUAGAUUUUUAUUUAGUGUUUUUUUUUUUUUUUUUGGAGGCAGAUUUACACACACAGAGUCAUCCUCUGAGGUAGACACUACCAUAAUGUUUCAUGACUGUGUUCAGGGCUGGCUGUCAUCACAGUCGAUUUGUUCAGCAUCAAACUGCUAUUGGAUGUUUGUUGUGUACGAACUCUCUGACCUCUCACUGUUGCAUCAGGACCGCAGGCCCGAAUGCCAGUGAUGGCACUUCAUGUGUUAGCUCAGAGUGCUGUUACUGCUCAGUCCGUGUGUUUGUGGAGGUACAUACUGGUUCAGUGGGAGGUCGGCCAUUAAUGUCCCUGUGAGGGGGCUAAACGUGCUGCUGGCCCUGUAACCAUAACUACUAAUUUAUCCUGCAUUAAUAAAAACUGACAUUUCAAAUGAAAGACGAAA